AUGGGUGCUCCAUUACUUGAAGUCACUAAGCAGUUGAUGGGUGAUCCAUUACCUGAAGUCACUAAGCAGUCGGUGGGUACUCCAUCACCUGAAGUCACUAAGCAAUUUUUACAAGGCACAGUGAAAGAUUUCAGUGACGCAGUAGGUCAACUAAAUGAUGCUGUGCAAAAUUGCAACUCUACUACAGAAGAUGUCAUGUCUGCAGUGGAAAACGUUAACACUGUAUUUGACCAAGCCAUCGCAACUGUCAAAGGGGUUAACCCUGCUAUAGAAAAUAGCAGUGAUGCUAUAACCUUGCAUAGUGAGGUGACAGUGGGAGAUGCCAGCAGUGUUACUACUCCUCCAUUGAAAUAUUACGCAAUCAAUCUUGAGAAUGCUGCUCAUAGCAUGACUGGUGAUGUCACAUCCACAAGUGGUGAUGUCACAUCCACAAGUGGUGAUGUCACAUCCACAAGUGGUGAUGUCACAUCCACAAGUGGUGAUGUCACAUCCACAAGUGGUGAUGUCACAUCCACAACCAUUGAUGUCACAUCCACAACUGGUGAUGUUACCACUGCAACCAAAGAUAUCACUAAUAUAGCGUAUAAUACACUUAAAGAUGAUGUCAUAACUACUAAGUAUGAUGUAAUAGACAAUGAUAUCACCAAUACAGUUACAGAUAGAGUGAUGAAAGAUUGUGUCACCUCUUCAGUGGAUGAAUUGACAAAAAAUGGUGAUGUCACCACAACAGUGGGUAAAGUAAUAAAAAGUGAUGAUGUCAUUACUAGAGUAGAUGAAUUGACAAAAGAUGAUGAUGUCACUACAUCAGUGGAUGAAGUCAAACAAGACGAUGAUGUCUCAGCUAAAGUGGAUGAAGUAAUCAAAGGUGACAUGACCAACAAUGAUGGCAUUAUGAUCACUACUACAGUUAAUGAAGAGAUGAAAGAUGUAACUGGAAAUGAUAUCACUACUACAGUGAAGGAAGGAAUUAAAGAUGAUGUCACAACAUCAGUUGAUGAAGUAAUGAGUGAUUAUGAUGUCAUCACUAUUGUGGAUAAAUUAAUAACAGAUUAUGAUGUUACCACCACAGUUGAUGUCAACACCACAGAAAAUAAUGCCCCUAGUAACGAAGCAACUGAUUCCAGUAUUUCAGUUGAACAUGAUGAAUGUGCAAAUGGAUGGCCUAAGGCUGAUGAGCUAGUACAAACUGUCUAUGAUGAAUCAGCUAUGAAUCAGCAACCUGUCGGAUGCUGGACAAAUGAUUUUGUGGCCAUGUCUGCCGAGAGUGAUGGUGCCCCUAUUCCCAAUGUUGGAAAUACUGACACACUGACAGCCCAAGCAAGAGCAUUCACACCAAGAAUGCAGCAUGGGGAAGCUCCUUUUUUACAGAACCAUCCUCAUGGUCCACUACCAUUAG